CUUAGCAUGACCGCAAUACUACGGAUCCGUAUCAGCCUCUGAGGGGCAGGAGCCCAUUCCAUUGUUCUAUUUUGCUCUCGUGCUCAACGGCCUGCUAGUUCAGAGUGCCCUGGCUCGACGGAGACGCUAACGAUUCUUUCGCCGUCGAGGACGCUGCAAUCCCUCGUCAGUAUCAGCCAAUUACAAUUCAAGUAUUUUCUUUGGUGAAAUAAAGAUGGAAUUAAGCAGGGAGAAGUAUGCAGCUGAUCUUUCCUCCAUCAGAGAAGCACAAGUACGCAUCAAUUCAUUCAUUCAUAGAACUCCAGUUCUUACCUCAGAGUCUUUGAAUGCUAUUUCUGGUAGGAGGUUAUUCUUCAAGUGUGAAUGUUUCCAAAAAGGUGGAGCAUUCAAAUUCAGAGGUGCCUGCAAUGCUGUUUUUUCACUUGGUGAUGAUCAGGCAGCUAAAGGGGUUGUAACACACAGCAGUGGUAACCAUGCUGCAGCAUUAUCCUUAGCUGCAAAAUUACGUGGGAUCCCAGCAUACAUAGUUGUACCAAAAAAUGCUCCAAAAUGCAAAGUUGAGAAUGUCAUUCGUUACGGUGGUCAGGUUAUAUGGAGUGAGGCAACAAUGCAGUCAAGGGAGAUUACUGCAACCAAAGUGUUGAAGGAAACUGGUGCCAUUCUAGUGCAUCCAUACAAUGAUGAACGAAUUAUAAGUGGGCAGGGUACCAUGGCCUUGGAGCUCUUCGAGCAAGCACCUCAAUUGGAUGCCAUAAUAGUUCCCAUAAGUGGAGGUGGCUUGAUAUCAGGGGUGGCAUUAGCUGCCAAGUCUAUCAACCCAUCUAUUCGAGUUUUUGCUGCUGAACCCAAGGGAGCUAAUGAUGCGGCUCAAUCCAAGGCUGCUGGCAGAAUUGUAACGCUGCCUGAAACAAACACGAUAGCUGAUGGGCUCAGAGCUUUCCUAGGUGAACUUACCUGGCCUAUCGUACGAGACUUUGUGGAUGACAUAAUAACCGUGGAUGAUAUGGAAAUAAUAGAAGCGAUGAGACUCUGCUACGAAGUUCUUAAGGUUGCAGUUGAACCUAGUGGAUGCAUAGGCCUUGCUGCUGUCUUAUCUGAUAGUUUCAGGAACAAUCAUGCUUGGAAGGAUCACAACCAAAUAGGAAUCAUACUCUCAGGAGGUAAUGUUGAUCUUGGAGUAGUUUGGGAUUCACUUAGAAAAUAGAAUAAAUUUACUGGUUCUGUUUCCUAUAUAACAUUUUCCUAGUACCUAAUGAAAUACCAAAAAACAUCAUUAGCUCUAGUAGCCAAGGACCAGUAAUCAUGUUGAGCAACGGUGAUUUCAUUGUAACAAAACCAAAUGAAAAACUUUCUUAGCUGUGGACACUCCUAAUAAAAGCAAGGACAGUUU